AUGGCGACAGAAGAUGAUAACUUCGAUAUUGACAUCUACGGAGACGGUGGUGGCUACAAUGCCAAUGAUCAGGGUGACUACAAGCAGGAUGAUGGAGAGCUGGUACUAGACACCCCUGAGCCUGCCCCUCAGGCGACAGCCAACCAGCCCCCAUCAGACCCUAAACCCCAGAGUGAACCCGCACCCUCUGCAAAUGGCGACCACCCCAUGCCGCCGCAACAACAACCGCAGACAUCAGCUCCGGAUGCCCCAGCGCCUAUCCAUGGGGUCAAGCGCAAGGAAUAUGAUGACCGGCAAUCCGACCCGGACGCGACCACGGCCCUUCUCAUUUCCGACCUUUUCUGGUGGACGACAGAUGAUGAUAUUCGCGGCUGGGUGAACCAGGCCCAGUGCGAGGAUGAACUUAAAGACGUGACUUUCAGUGAACACAAGGUGAACGGCAAGAGCAAAGGUCAAGUAUUUGUGGAAUUCACUACUCCCCAAGCCGCAACAGCCGCCAAGCGCGAAAUCGAGAACAGUGGCGCCGCUGGUACCACUGGACGCAAGCAUAUGGUUAACUACACAAACCCUCACACCAACCCUUUCCGAACUCUCCCUAAGGAUGCCCCAAUGCGCAAGGAUGCCAACCGGACCAGUGGCUUCAACUCCAGUGGGAACCAGAACAUGAAUUUUGGAGGAGGCAGUGGCGGCGGCGGUGGUGGUAUGAACAUGACCGGUGGAUUCCGUGGUGGCCGCGGUGGCUUCAACAACCGUGGGAUGGGCGGCAACAUGGGCAACUUCAACAACCGGAAUAAUUUCAAUAAUAUGGGCGGUUUCCAGGGUGGUGCCGCUCCAGGUGGUGCUAUGAUGGGUGGCUUCCAGGGAGGUCCCAUGGGCGGCAUGCAGAACUACGGCUUCAAUAACCGUGGAGGCAUGAUGGGCGGCAUGCGCGGCGGUCCCGGUGGCAUGCGCGGUGGCCGUGGUGGCGGAAAUAUGGGUGGAUCUAACAUGAUGGGAAUGCCUGGUAUGAAUCCGAUGGGGGGCAUGGGCAUGAAUCCUAUGGCCGGUGGUAUGAACCCCAUGAUGGGUGGGAUGGGCGGUAACAUGGGUCAAGGAUUCCAAGGACCCAACCCUGGUUUCAACCAGAACUUCUUCAAUGCCAACCAAGGCGGCGGAGGCGAUGGCUCCUGGAACCCCCAUGGAGCCAAACGCAGUCGACAAGAGUAA